AUGAAUAAUUCAAAGAAUUCAACUACAAGAAUAGCACAAAAUAUAAAAGAAGUAUUAACAACAAUAAAAGCAAAAGAAUGCACAGUUAAAAGAAGAUUACAAACACUAAAAAACAGCAAUAUUAUAGUUUUAGCAGUGGUAGUGCUUUUUCUGAGGGAGAUAUACUCUUCAACUUCAGAGAUGGUAUCCAGUAUGUUAUCUGUUGUAGAAGAUUAUACAAUAAGUAGUCCAGAAAUAGGUGAUGUGGAAAUUCAUCCAGAUGGAAAUUUGAAUCUAAUGAUGUCAUAUGUGCAUACUAAAAGUGGGCAUAUGAUGAUAUUAAGAUGUUUGAAUACAAACAUAAUGAUGGGGCACCGAAGUGGCAUGGUAACGAUGCAUAACCAACUUAAUAGUGGCAGUACAAAAUACAAUACUGGGGAAGAUAUGCUGAACCCUAUUCUACCAUAUGAAGGGAGCGUGCUGGAGUAUAUUAAAGAACAUCAUGCGGUUCUUCUUUGGCUAUAUGAUUCUAAUGGUAUGAUGUCAUAUAACUCGAAAAAAGAUGAUUUGGCACAUUUGUUUGCAGUGAAUUCUAUCAAUGAAAAACGCAGAAAUAAUUACAUUGAAGGAGACUAUAAGCUAAUGGCUGCAUUAUUUCUUCUAUCAGAAGGUCUUAAGUUGCCUCUUAAGCAUGAAUGCAUUAAUGAUGAACCAAAAAUUACUUUAUACAAGUAUAAUGAAGACGAAGAAAAUACUAUUUUUCAAAUUAAUGACAUACCAUGGAAUAAUAACAAGAAGAAUCAAAGUACACGCGAAUUAAUUAACUUUUUAUUUGAGUACUGCAACAGCCCUGUAUUAGAAGGUGCUGGAUUUAAAGACCCAACCAACUAUGAAGAGUAUGCCACUGGAAAUUUUAUAUACACCCCAGGAUUCCUUAUACGGACCUACAUAUACCAUUAUUUAAAUAAAAUAAAAAGAACAGAACCAAAACUGUUUGUUAAUGCAGUGCAUGAUAUAUUGAGGUUGUAUAUGCCAAAAAAGGAACAAACUAGCGAUAAAACAGAUAUACAGUCUAAAGCAGAGGAGAUAUUCAAAAAGCUCUUUAUGAUUACUAGUAAUUCUGAAUCGGACAUUAAAAAGAAGAAGCGCCUUAUGAUUAGAGACAUAAAAAAUAUAUUAGAAGUAAACAACUUCUUAUAUAACCCUAAUAGUUGCAAUCUUGCUAAAAAAGGGCCCAUUCAAUUGGCUUAUAUGCUUAGCGCAGAUCUUUCUAACAGAGAGAACGAUUCCUUUAUGCGAAUUGCGCUUAAUGACUAUAUGAAAUACUUAUCCGCGCAUAAAAAAUAUAAUAAUGAAGAUGAGAAUGGUAUUGCCAAAUACAUAUUUGAGUUAAGUAAGGAACAAUUUGAAACGUUCUCUAAAAAUAAGCUUAUUGGCAUUAAGCACUGUGUUCCAUAUGCGGGAAUAGCAAACCAAUAUGAUUUAGCUUUUCUACUAAUAGCAAGAGCAUUUAGAAUGAAUCUGAAGAGAACUGACCCUAUAAUGAUGCUAAUUAAGAAUUUGCUAGCAAAUGCAUAUAGGAAAAUCUCUGUUUCUAUCAAUAAUGAACGAGAAUAUUUGGUACAUUAUAUUGCAGGUUUUAUUCUUGAGACAUAUAUUGACGAAAGACCUGAUAUAACUUCUAUUCUAGAUCGGGAGUCAUUGAAGACCGAUGAAAUGCUAGAUAAAUCCAUAAAGAAGCUAAAACCUAUUUCAGAUAUACUUGUAUAUCUGUCAGUUAAGCGUGCAGACUCUGCACUUAUUAAAUUUAUAAUAGCGUAUAGACAGAUGAAAAAUAUAUAUAAUAAUUCACAUUACAUAGGUGAGCUAAUAGAAGAAAACAUGUCUAAACAGGAAAAAAUACAUUUGUUGCAAUGUCUAACUAAAAACGGAUUGGCAAACCAAGUUACAAGUAUAGUAAAUAAAAUCAAGGAUACAAAAGAAAUCAAAAAAUCAAAUGAUGUGCGAGUUGCACUAAAACUCCCAAAUGACCUACUUGGAUUAUUGAAAGUUCUAGAAAACAUAUCCAAUGAUUAUAGAGAUUCCAUAAUAAACGAUAUUAGGCUCUUUCUACCCGUGGAUGGUUAUAAUGAGAUAUUAGAAUUUGAUACUGCGCCCAAAUAAACAAUAAAAGCU